GGGGGGUGGACGGGGGAUCCCGUCCCCUUCCAGGAGUGGGGGUCCCACCCUUCCCCAGGGGGUGAUGGUCCCAUCCAAGGGUUUGGGGUCCCUUCUGAGAGUUUUGGGUCCCUUCCUCCCCUGUGGGGGGGCGUCCUCCUGCCCCAAGGUCCGGGGUCCUGCCCUGCCCCACAGGGGUGGGGGGUCCAGUCCUUCCCCGGGCGGGGUCCGCAAGGCAUCGAGAGACCGCCAGGGCUCGGGACUUGUCCUGAGCUGGUCCGGGCUCGGGGGCGGUGUGUCCGUGGGGAGCGGGGUCUGCGGGCUGUCUGUGACACACGAGUGCGUGGGGAAGGGGCUCUGUGUGGAGGAAGGGGGUGGGGGCUGUGGACACACACGGGUCCGUGGGGAGAGGCGUCCCCCCCCACUCGGGCUGGGCAGCACAGCGUGGCCCGGGGAGGGCUGGGGGAGUAUUGGGGUCCCUGGGACCUUGCAGGGGGUCCCUCCCGGGGAGCCCUGCGGGGUCGCGGCAGGCUCCGGCACUGGCCUGGCCGGUGGGACAGGACGGGCCGGUGGCAGCUGCGGUGUCACCUGCCCGCGGCCGGGGCCAGCUCAGGCCGCCCGAAUUCGGGGCACGCGGGCGGCGCUGCGGCACCCCAGCGGCAUUUCCGGUGCCCCACAUCUGCCCCCGAGCCCUCCGCCCCCCGCCGGCCCCGGGGCGGCGGCCCCAUGGCGGCGGUGGGCGCUCACCUUCCCCAGCAGGUGAUGGCGGAGCAGGGAGAGGAGGACCGGGACUACCGGGAGUACCGGCGGCUGGAGGACUGCGAGGAGGACUCGCCCCCCGGCGAGGAGGAGGAGGAGCAGCUGCUGCUGCACGUCACUGAAGGACCGACAGACUCGUGGCACCACAUUAAGGACCUGGACAGUUUCUUCACUAAGAUCUACCAGUUCCACCAGAGGAAUGGCUUUGCCUGCGUGCUGCUCUCGGACGUGCUGGAGCUGCUGCAGUUCCUGUUCGUGGUCACCUUCAGCACGUUCCUGCUGUGCUGCGUGGACUACGACGUGCUGUUCGCCACGCGCCCGCUCAACCACAGCCACGUCCCCGAACGCGCCAAGGUGACGCUGCCCGACGCCGUGCUGCCCGCCCCGCAGUGCGCCCGCAGGCUCCGGAGCAGCGGGUGGCUGCUGUUCCUGCUGGUGCUGGCGGGCGCGGUGUGGCUGUGCCGCCUGGUCACGGCGCUGCGGCGCCUCGUGGGCUACUGGGAGAUCCGCAGCUUCUACAUCCGAGCGCUGGGCAUCCCCGCGGAGGAGCUGUGUAACCACAGCUGGCAGUCGGUGCAGGCCCGGCUGCUGGCCCUGCAGCGGCGCCAGCCCCUGUGCGUGCCGCGCCGGGAGCUGACGGAGCUCGACAUCCACCACCGCAUCCUGCGCUUCCGCAACUACACCGUGGCCAUGGUCAACAAAUCCCUGCUGCCCGUGCGCUUCCGCCUGCCGCUGCUGGGCCCCGUGGUGUUCCUGACGCGCGGGCUGCAGUUCAACCUGGAGCUGCUGCUGUUCCGCGGCCCGGCCGCGCUCUUCCAGAACACCUGGAGCCUGCGGCCGCAGGUGAAGCGGGCGGGCGCGCGGCGGGCGCUGGCGCGGGGCUGGCGCGGGCGGCCUGCUGCUGGGGUGGCCAACCUGGCGCUGUGCCCCUGCGUGCUGGGCUGGCGCCUGCUGCUCGCUUUCAGCUACGCCGAGGGGCUGAAGCGGGCCCCGGGCAGCCUGGGCGCGCGCCGCUGGUCGCUCUACGCGCGCCACUACCUGCGCCACUUCAACGAGCUGGGCCACGAGCUGCAGGCGCGCCUGGGCCGCGGCCACGCGCCCGCCACCAGGUACAUGGACUCGUUCAGCAGCCCGCUGCUGGCCGUGUCAGUGGCCGUGGUGCUGGCACGUGGCCAGUACGGUGUUGGUACAGUGCAGCACAUCCUGACGGCCAUCACGCUGCUGGGCCUUGUGGUCACCGUGGCCAGGUCCUUCAUCCCGGACGAGCACGCGGUGUGGUGCCCGGAGCAGCUGCUGCAGCGGGUCCUGGCGCACGUUCAUUACCUGCCCGAGCACUGGCAGGGCCGUGCUGGCCGUGCCGAGACACGAGCAGAGAUGGCACAGCUCUUCCAGUACAAGGCGGUUUUCAUCCUGGAGGAGCUGCUGAGCCCCCUGGUGACACCCCUGAUCCUCAUCUUCGCCUUCCCCCCGCCCCUCGACAUCGUGGACUUCUUCCGCAACUUCACGGUGGAGGUGGCGGGUGUGGGCGACAUCUGCUCCUUCGCACAGCUGGACGUGCGCCACCACGGCAACCCCCAGUGGCUGUCGGAGGGACACACGGAGGCGCCCCCGGAGCGCCAGGCGGAGCACGGCAAGACGGAGCUGUCGCUGAUGCGCUUCGCCCUGAGCAACCCCCGCUGGCGGCCGCCGCCGCCCGCGCACCUGCUGCCGGCUGCCCGUCCCUGUGGCCGCCUAGCGCAGGUGUUUCUGACCCCGUGCGCGUGUCCUGGCGGCCGGGUGCUGGUCAGCAGUGUCCCGGCGGCGGCGGCCGGGUGGUCGGGCCGGCGGCGGUGGUGUGCCUCGGCCCACAUGAUUGGGCGGGGGCUGGCGGCCAGCGGGCUGGUGGCCCGGGACCCGCGCUUCGGGCAGCCCUGCAGCACGGCCAGCGCCACCGCCAGCCUGCUGGCGUCCCUGCGGACCCCCCUGGGCACCUGCGCAGCCCCCGAGAGCCCUGCCGAGCACCAGGGCCCCGAGGACAGGCCGGCGCUGAGCGAGUCGCGGCUGCGCAGCCUGAGCCGCUCGGCGCUGCUGGCCGAGGUGGCCUCUGCCGAGAUGAGCCUGCACGCCAUCUACCUGCACCAGCUCCACCAGCAGCAGCAGCAGCAGCCGGAGGGCCCCCAGCCCGCGGGGGCACCCAAACACCCCUUUGUGACCACAGGCUCGGCUGCCCGGGCCUCGCAGCUGCGGGAGAUGCCGCUGGGCGGGUGGGCCGAGGAGGAAGAGGAGGAGGAGGAAGAGGAGACGAUGACGUAGCCGGGCCCGGCGCCGGGUCCUGGUUGUGCCGAGAGCCCCCGGAGGUGCCGGGGGAGCCGCCAGGGGCACAGUGGGGGGCUCGCCGUGCCCACUAUGCUGCCAGGGGGCCCCUGUCUGUCAGAGCCCCCUGCCCGGGGCAUCCCUGGUGCCCCCACUACGGCGCAGGGCCAGGGCUGCUGCCAGGGCCCCCCCAGGUGCUGUUUUUGGGGGGGACAGGGCUGGUGCCCCCCGUGGUGCCCCGAGCACCAGCUGAAAUAAAGGUUUACA